CAGUCAACAACAAAACGAGAAACAUCCAAAAGCUAGUAUAAUUGUAAUUAUUUUUUCAUUUAUGAUCAUUAUCAUUUUGUUAUAGGAACAUUAGGAACUCCGAACUGCACUCAUUGUUACAGAUAUGAAGUAGCUCUUUAAUGGUGAAUUGUGUACUGAACAAAAAUUACACAUCUCAAACAUUUCCUGAUGUCAUUUCUAUGUCAAGGACACUGGUGGUUGUCCACAGCUGCCAAAUAUAUUGUCAACCGACUUACUUCAACGUUCAUUGCCUGAAUGAUGGAAUACGAGAAAUACCUCCGAUCACUUCGGCGUGCAUGAUGGCACACGAUAUACAGAAACAUGAUUCCAACUCUACAAACGUGUUGCACAGUUUGGCGGCAGGCGCCAUCGCCGGUGCUUUAGCCAAGAGUACAAUUGCUCCAUUAGAUAGAACUAAAAUCAAUUUUCAAAUAUCUCAAGAACCAUAUUCAGGUAGAGCUGCGUUAAAAUUUUUGUCUGAUACUUAUGCAAAGGAUGGUUUUAUAUGGUUAUGGCGAGGCAAUACAGCUACCAUGACCAGAAUUAUCCCAUAUGCAGCCAUCCAAUUUACAGCGUUUGAACAAUGGCGAAAAUUGCUAGAGGUUGAUUCUCUAAGCACAAAAAAUAAUGGAAGUCUUAAGUUUCUUUCUGGAUCCUUAGCUGGGGUAACAUCACAAACAUUAACUUAUCCUUUAGACUUGGCAAGAGCAAGAAUGGCAGUUUCUACCAAAAAUGAUUAUAAAUCGUUGGGAGAUGUGUUCAAAAAGACUUUUAAAGUUGAAGGGAUAAAAGGCUUUUAUCGAGGCUAUGUACCAACAAUACUAGGCAUUAUACCUUAUGCAGGUACAAGUUUUUUCACAUAUGGAUCAUUAAAGUCAUUUAUGAAAGAAAAACAUGGAUAUGAAAAUACAGUUGUGAAUUUAGCAUGUGGUGCAGUAGCAGGUAUGGCUGGUCAAUCAUCAUCAUAUCCCCUAGACAUUAUAAGACGGAAGAUGCAAACAUCAAUUAUUACUGGAAUAAAUUACACAAACCUAAGAACUACAUUUAUAAUGAUUUACAAAACUGAAGGCAUUAGACAAGGCUUUUUCAAGGGUCUAAGUAUGAAUUGGAUUAAAGGACCGAUUGCUACCGGAAUUAGUUUUGCUACAUACGAUUUUGUAAGGAAAACUUUAAAGAACAUUUGAAGUUUUCAAUAUUUUUUUCACCAUUAAUGUGCCUAAUUUAAUUAUAUUGUUACCAUUAGAUUGUAUUGAUUUUUUUUUUGUUUGAAGCCAUUAAUUGUGUAUGAACUGUAAUAUCUAGUCAAAUAAUUUUAAUUUUGAUGAGCAAGUUUAUAACACCACUAUACUUAUCAUAAAAUAUACUAAACAUUUAAAAAAUGUAUAUAAAUACCAAUAUCAGCAAUAUUGCUAAUAA